AUGGGACAGCAAUGUCCUGGCUAUCGAGACCCCACGAGUCUUAUCUUUCGAGACGAGAGCAGCCAGGUUGGUGAUAAAGUUCGCGCAAGGAUCACCAAGCGUGACGCUUCUCGUGGGCAUACCCCGGGCUCGGUGGGUCCGUCGCAGGGUGCAGGAUUACAAGUGGAACUAGAACAGGGUUUACUGAAUGAAGAUCCUGUAUUCACUGACCAUAGCCAGAGCAUCGUGGGGAAUGAUGCCCUGCAAGUGAAUAACACCUCCCCGGAUUUUAAUAAUGCGAGUUCAAACGCGCUAGAGCGCGGUACAUCCUCGUCCCGGUGCGAGUUAGGGAGCGAGAAUGUAGGGAACGACGAGCAAGACAGGGCGGAGGGGAAAGGCCCUGAUAAUCAGAAGGCCAUUCCCCCACCGUUUGCCCUGCCACUCGAUAUGAUCGGGUUGAACUAUUUUCUGGCACAUUACGUCGUGCGACAGUCUCCGCCCUCACCUGGCUUUCUCGACUACGUACCCAGCAUUCUCACACUAGACGAUGAGAAUGAGAUCCUGCAGGGAGCCAUUCUAGCCGUGGGCUUUGCUGGAUUAGCCCAUAGAACUUGUCAGGUCGAUCUACGAUGUAGAUCAAGGGCCAUGUAUACGAGAACCAUCAAACGAAUGAACAAAGCCCUGACAGAUCCGCAGACAGCACGCCGGCAUAGCACAAUCGUCACCGUCCUGGUGUUAUCCCUCUAUGAAUUCGGUGAGUCUUCACUAAAUGGAUGGGAUCAACAUAUCCAAGGUGCGACCUCACUGCUAAGGCUGCGGGGCAAGGCCCAAUUCACCACUCCCAUUGGCCUCCAGAUCUUCAAGGACAUCUUCAGCCAUCUUCUGAUGAAUUGCCUGCGCAUGGGGAGUGCAAUCCCCUCACCACUCCGUAUGAUCCGCGCCGAAGCUGCCAAAGCAAUCAGUGCCUCCGAUCCCUACUGGGUUGCCAGUAGCGGGCUCGUGGAAAUCAUGGACCUUUAUUCCCAGAUAUUGCCCGGAGGCUUUGAUUUUAUCCAUAGUAGCGAGGCCGUGAGCAACGGAACUGGCGCCACAGAAAGACAGCUGCCUAUCGACGAGCUCGAGCGGUACCUAUCCCAAGCUCUAGAUAUUGACCACCGACUCGAGAGCCGAUUCUCGGAAUGCUCACCAGAGUGGCAGUUCACUGUCAUGCAGCUCACUAGCCCGGACCCUACCCGGGUUCAUGGUGACGCUUACCAUAGCUAUCACGAUGCUGGAAUCGUCGGAGUUUGGAACGAUAUGCGUACAUGUCGCGUCUUGGCCAACCACGCCAUCUGCCAUCUUCUCCUAAGGGGAGCCAAGUCGGACCCCAGUUGGUUCUUCUCCAAAAAUUACACCGAUCAACUACAGGAAACCAGUCGAACAAUGAGGCAAAUUCGCGAUGACAUUCUGGCCUCUGUACCCCAGCAGAUGAGCUACUUCCCCUUCCCCGCCCAGGCGCAGUUGGAGCCAGUGAACCUGGAGCAGUAUUUCAAUCAAAUGACGGUACCGGGCACCAAGUGGUCUGAUGAUUCGUGGGCAACUUUCAACAGCUCACCUGGCUUCGAGCACUCUACGUAUACAGGCGCAGGAGUUGGUGCGUAUUUCGCCAGCUGGAUGCUCUUGCUGGCCGGUUGUAUGCACACCAACUCAGAGGACACGCGACAAUGGAUAGUAGCGCAGCUACGACACAUCAGCUUGCAAUCAGGUCUGGCACAAGCUGACUUCUUUGCCGAUUGCGUUCAGUCAAGUAAAGUCCGGCCGCCGCUGAGUACCUAA